GCUAAGCUUUUUUCUCUGUGAUUGGAUGAAUUCUCUUUUCUUUGCUCCCCCAUUUUUUGUAAUUUUCCAGUGCCCGUUCCAAUCAUGGUACUGCUAUAGAAGUGAUUUUAGAAAAUUAUAAGAAGAUCAAUAAUACAAGGAGAAGACGUUAAUGUACGUACGUACGUACGUACAACUACACACAGUACUCUUUCUGAUCUUUUAUAUAUUGGCUCGCUGAUCGCGCUCUCCAAAUAUUCAAGUCCGGGCCGGCCGGCGAGAUGAAGCAGUACCGGUUAUGUGGAGGUUCCAACUGGCCUCCGAAGAACAUUCAUUGGCUAAUGCCAUGGUCGUGGUCUCCAGUACCUAACCAGAAAGUACGUCAAGCGAAGAAGCUAAUUAUUAGAGAAAACUCAUGUGCCAAGAAGGAGUCAUUGCUUGCCGGAGAUCAUCAGCUGUCCGAUGGCAGGAGUACUAGUACCACUACCGGAGUGCAAGUAAUUCCUAAGGGGUUCUUGGCAGUGUAUGUUGGGACGACAGAGCUUAGGAGGUGUGUGAUUCCAACGAGCUACUUGUCGAUGCCGGAUUUUAGGAUUUUAAUGGAGAAAGCGGCUGAUGAAUAUGGGUAUGAGCAAGAGGGAGGGCUUAGACUUCCUUGUGAGGAAGAAGAUUUUAAGAAGAUAUUAUUGACAUGUAGGGCCAACUCCAAGCUGUAUACGCGCGACGGAAAGAAGAACAUAUAUAAGAAGGUCAUGAAGGUAUUAUACGUACGUACGUAUAUGGGAUCAUGACAAGG